GAUGAUUUCCAGGGAAGCAUUGAAUUCCUUAACUGUAAAUUCACAUACCCCUCUCGGCCUGAUAUUCAGGUCCUGAAAGGACUCUCUGUAGCUGUCAAGCCUGGACAGACUUUGGCGUUUGUUGGAAGUAGCGGCUGUGGGAAGAGCACCAGUGUCCAGCUUCUGGAGCGCUUCUAUGACCCCGAGACAGGCAGUGUGUUAAUAGAUGGACACGACACCCAGAAAAUAAACGUGCAAUUUCUCAGAUCCAAAAUUGGCAUCGUGUCCCAGGAGCCAGUGCUAUUUGACUGCAGCAUUGCUGAUAACAUUAAAUACGGCAGUAGCACCAAAGAGGCAACGAUGGAGAAAGUCAUAGAAGCGGCCCAGAAGGCCCAGCUGCACGAUUUUGUGAUGUCACUGCCCGCCAAAUACGAAACGAACGUUGGGGCUCAAGGAUCCCAGCUGUCUCGUGGACAGAAACAGCGCAUUGCCAUAGCGAGGGCCAUCAUACGCGAUCCUAAAAUCCUAUUGCUGGAUGAAGCUACGUCUGCCUUAGACACCGAAAGCGAAAAGACUGUGCAGGCGGCGCUGGAUAAGGCCAGAGAAGGGCGUACCUGCAUCGUCAUUGCCCACCGCUUGUCCACCAUCCAGAACGCCGACAUCAUUGCCGUGAUGUCGCAAGGACUCGUCAUUGAAAGGGGCACUCACGAUGAACUGAUGGCCAUGCAAGGAGCUUAUUACAAGCUUGUUACCACUGGAGCCCCCAUUAGCUGA